GGCUAGGCGCGCACAUGCAACUUUUUCGAAACCAAAUAGUUUGAUCGUCAGUUGCCCAAACAUCGCGCACAUAAGCAACUCCAAAAGUAAUCAACGAAAUAAACCAAUACACAGAAAACAUUUAUUCACUAUUUCUAUCUCAUAUACACGAAACAAAAUAGUUUCAAAUUUGUCCUACUCUUUUGCUUAUGAAAGAAAAGAGUAGAUAUAUUGUUGCAAUACAAAAUAAUAUAAAAUAUAUUUUUUGUUUUUUGAAAGUCAAUAAAAUAUCAAGGCAUGGAUUUUUACGAAAUGGCACUGAUAUGUGCGUUUGAAUUAAAAAGAAGGAAUAAACCUGCAAUCAAAAGGCAAUAUUGGGUUCACCCGUUGAACUCACAACGCCUUGUAAAAGGGAAAUUCCAAAAAAUUUAUCUAGACCUCCGAUCCCACCCAAGCAAGUUCUUCAAUUACUUCCGAAUGAGCAACAGAAGUUUUGAUGAACUUCUGUUUUUGAUAAGGCCUUUAAUAACUUUCAAAAAUACCAGGUGGAGGAAAGCAAUAUCUCCAGAAGAAAGACUGGCGGUUACACUGAGGUACCUUGCAACAGGAAACAGUUUCCGGUCUCUUCAUUACGAAUUUCUCAUAGGUGAAACAACCCUACGAGAAAUUAUUAAGGAUACAUGCGACAAAAUAUGGAUAUGCCUAAAAGAAAAUUACAUGCCGGAACAAACAGAAGAUACUUGGAAAGAAGUUGCUGAAAAAUUUUUAACAAGUACAAAUUUCCCCAAUUGUGUAGGAGCAAUUGACGGCAAACAUAUAAGGGUCCAAAAGCCAUCUAAAUCUGGAUCGAAGUAUAUGAAUUACAAGAAUUAUUUUUCAUUGGUUCUUAUGGCAGUUACAGACGCGGAUUACUGUUUUCUAUCCGUUGACAUUGGAUCCCAGGGGAGUGCAAGUGACUCCCACGUUUUUCAGCGAUCGAACUUUGGGAAAAAGCUAAACAAUGGUCAACUGAAUCUACCACCAGAUCAAUUGCUCCCAAAUGACAAAGGGGGAAAAUGCAUGCCAUUUGUGUUUGUAGCCGAUGAAGCUUUUGCCUUAUCAGACCACAUACAGCGUCCAUUUGGACGAAGAAAUUUGUCCACGGACAAGAAAAUAUAUAAUUAUCGUCUUACUAGAGCCCGAAGAAUGGUGGAAUGCUCCUUUGGAAUCUUAAGUAAUAAAUGGAGGAUACUACAUAGACCACUUGACGUGCAUCUCUCAUUUUGCGAUAAUAUUAUUAAAGCCUGUUGCAUCCUUCACAAUUUUGUUCGCAAAAGAGAUGGGAUAAGGUAUGAAGACACUUUGUAUGAGUGUUCGUUGACAAAACCUAAUAUAACAAAUGUACGUGGAUCUCAUGAUGGUUCAACAGCAAGGGAUUAUUUUGUAAAAUAUUUUAAUUCACCUCAAGGAUCAGUACCAUGGCAAUAUGAAAAAAUAUAAAUUUGUAUAAAAUCAAAAUGCUAUGACUCAAGAAAAAAAUUAUUUUUGUAUUCGAUUUUACUUUAAAAUAAACGUAGGUCAAGCUCCUGUAUGAAGUGUAUUAAUCAUUAAAACCAUUCAAUAAAUAUACCAACACUUUUAAACUGCUUUCUUUUUCAUAACUAAAUUCUCCUUAACAUCAGUACCUAUUCUUCGAAUAAUAAAAUAGUUUCACAAAAAGGGUAACAACCCAGCAGUCAUGUCUUAAACCUCCUAUAUUUUCAUUUAAGUGUGCUCACCU